AUGCCCAGGAAAGAGUACCAGGAAAAGGCCCAAGGGGUAGACAAAAGGCGGAGCUGGGACCUGAAGGAGAAGAAAGAGAAGGUGGAGGAGAAGGCGAGCCGGAAAGAGCGAAAGAAAGAAGUGGUGGAGGAGGAGGAGAAUGGAGCUGAGGAGGAGGAAGAAGAAACUGCUGAGGACGGAGAGGAGGAAGAUGAAGGGGAAGAAGAAGAUGAGGAAGAAGAAGAAGAUGACGACGAGGGGCCCGCGCUGAAGAGAGCUGCUGAAGAGGAGGAUGAAGCUGAUCCCAAGCGGCAGAAGACAGAAAAUGGGGCGUCGGCAUGAGCCCCCUGCCAGUGGGCUGGGGUGGGAGGCCCCUCGGGGCCUGGAGAUGGGGGCAGGAACAGACGAGUACAGCCACUCUUCACCUGACUCCUUGCUCUGGGCCCUGCAUCAGAGCUGCCACCCUCUUUCUCCCCAGCCUUCUCAUGUCCACCUCUCCAGACACUGCCCCUCCAUCCUCACUCUGCCAUUGUUCCACUUCCUGACCUGUUCCAUCUGAGCUCCCCAGCUGGUCUCCAAUUGCCCCCUUUCCCUCUUCUUUCUCUUUUCCUCCCUCUCUCCUCCCAGCCACUCCCCCCACCCCCUCCCAGUCUCCUUCCUAACCUCUGCAUCCUAGCCUUCUGUCUUGACCAUCCCUACCCUGCCUGAUUCCUGGGUCUCCCUCAGAUCCCCUUCUCUCAGACAGCGCCAGGCCAGGGUGGGGCCAGGGUUGGGACCAAGCCCCACAGCUGCCCCCCCUCCCCUUUUUGUAUAAUUUAAUAAAGAAAUGGUCGCGCUUCUGUUUUUAA